GAACUCAUAAUUCUUAGCAGAGUAGGACUAAAAUUUCCUAUUAUAUAUUUUUCUUCCUUUGCUCCCAAAAAUACCGAGAUUUCUCAUUAAAUUUUAGUUUUAACAUUUAUAUCUUUUAUUUCCUUUCUUAUAUAUAUCCCUUUCAUAUAUUCUUUACUAAAGUUUACAAAUCUCUCUACCAUUACUAUGGAACUUCCUUUGGACAUAUUUCUAUAUGAAAUAUUAUGUAGAGCAUCGCUAGAAACAGUAGCACGUUGUAGAUUGGUUUCGAAAGAAGUAAAUGAUGCCACUUAUGAAAGUUAUUUCACACAACUUUUUCAUAAAAGAACCAACAUAACUUCGGGUAUUCAUAUUCUAAGUCAAAAGCGUAGUAAUUACUAUACUAACUAUAUCUCCAUACACUCUUCCGCAAAAUUAUCAUUGAGAAAAUUUCUUCCUCCUAAUAUUCGAAUCGAAGCAGCCACCAAACAAGGUCUUCUCCUUUGUAUUGAUCGUUCAUGUCAUAUCAUUCCGAAAUACCUUGUUUGUAAGCCAACAACCCAACAAUGGCGAACUAUUCCGAACCCCAAGACCCGAUUUUUCACUCAAAAAAUCAUGAUGCUUACUAUAGGAUCUAAUCCUCUUCGAUACAAGAUUAUUAGAUUCUCUUCACGUAAUUUUGGUGGUGAUUCUAUCAAAUAUAAAUCUAAAAUUCAUCUUGCCUUCCGAUGUGAAGUUUUUGAUUCUAAAUUUUGGGUUUGGAAGCUUUUAGAACAAACAAUAAGUUUGCCUAGUGAUUAUGAAGAGUCUAUUGACUAUAGGUCAAUGAUUUGUAUAUCAAGAUAUAUAUAUGCUUUUACUACCAAGAAGAGAUUAUUUGUGUUUGAUAUAGAGAAUGAAAAGUGGGAAUUUGUUACUUUGGAUUUUGGUGAAGCAUGCAUUAAUGCUAACUACAAUGAUAAUAUCAGUUAUCAACUUGUGGAGUAUGGAGGAAAAUUGGGACUUCUUUGUGUGUUUAAAGAUGAUGACUUUAUGUACCACUUAUUGCAACUUUGGACUAUAACAAAGAAAAGUGGAACACCAUGGAGUUGGAGCUUGCAAAAAAAAGAUUGCUUUGAAAUUUUUGAGGAACCCUAUUCUACUUUAGUCAAAUUUCUCGACAAUCAUUUGGCUAUGACAAUGGGAUUUUAUAAAAUCAUAUUUCAUGAUUUUAUGAUUUCCAUCUCAAAGACUAAAAUGGAGAUAAAUACUAUGUUGAACAAUCAAUUUUUUCAAGUUGAAUCUGAUUGGCUUCCUGUUAGUUUAUAAUUCAAAUGUAAGAAGAUUUUGUAUUUAGUUAUCAUUAUUUUUAUUUUUAUUUACUGGUAUUAGUUUUUGUUGAAAUAAUUAUUUUUUUAAUUAUGUUUUUUCUUGUAAGAUUUUCUUCAUUAUGUUUAUUAUUAAUUAAUAUAGUAAAAUUCGUGAAUUAUUUGCAUAAAGAAUGGAAGCUAUGUAUGAAAGUAGUUUUUAUGCAAUUUCAUCUAUGGAGUUUGGCACUGGUAUAUGUCAUGGAUAUUUUUUUUCUUUCAUUCUUUCAAAUGUAUGAAUGAGUUAUAUUUUUCAUAGUCAGUUAUGAAUUACAGUGAUAUGAAAAACCUAUUACACUUUACUUGACAGUGUACUUGUAUUUUUAACAGAGAGAGUCUUGUGAUAAGUAACUUGAUGACCACGAAAAACAAACAAUAUACUUCAUUGAACAAUUUGUUGGGGAAGGAUUUCAAACAAAUAAUUUUAACGUUAUAUGUUUCCAAUAUUCAUUUAUUAUCCUUUUGCCAAAAAAAUCAAAAAAAACUAUUUUCUUAAAUGGAAAAAUGACAAUUUUUCUUGGAAGUAAAUAUACAAAACGGAUUACUAGAUUUAAUUAGUAAUGAACUAUAAUUAUAAUAUUAUUUGAGAAAAUAUACAUACAAAAUUACAAAUUUAAAUGGGUAUGCGUUUUUUCUUUUUGCAGAACACGGUUACUUUU